UCAAAGUUUGCCUCGCAUCUCGCGAAUCAAAACAAAACACGCCGCGUAGUUUUCCCGAAAUCGCGACCAAAAUAUCACUGUUUUACAAAGUUUUUUCGUUAGAAUUGCUCUCUAAACCACCGUAAACCAUCCAUCCAAUUGGGUGGCUCGUUCCUAAUUCAGUGUGGUCAGUUGUAACACCCGGAAUCAGGUUAUGCCCAAGCACAACGCCGCCGCCAAUUCCACCUUCUGCAGUGAAAGUAAUAUGCGCACAGACACAACAACCAAUCUUACCGGCGGAACCGGAUCGACAAUGGAACCGCAGCCAGCGGACGCUUCCGGACUGAUCGACAUCGACGGCUACCGGCGGCUGAUGAAGAGUUUCAUGGAUAUGCGCCGAUACCAAACGGCCCUCUUCUGGGCGGAGAAAGUGACCGUUUUGAGUAAUUACGACCCGCGGGACGUGUACUGGCAGGCUCAGUGCAUGUUCCUGCUGCGAGAGUACCAUCGGGCCGCGUACAUAAUUCGAAGCCGUGGUCUGGACAAGCGGAAUCUGCUCUGCCACUAUCUGGCCGCGGAAUGUCUCACAGAGGCCAAGGAAUACCAGGAAGCGCUGGAUAUUCUGAACUCAUCCGACUGUGAAGUGCUGGCUAACAAUUUGGGAACUGGACGGAAGGAUGAGUCCACUUUCGGGGAGGAUCCGGUGUUCGAUGAACCGAACAAAAGCGACGUUUUGGCCUCGAUAUACUUCCUCAAGGGGAAGAUCUUGGAAGCGAUGGACAAUCGGAUUCUGGCCAUGGAUUGUUACGUACAGGCCCUGCACCGAUCGGUGUACUGUUCGGAAGCUCUGGACGCCCUGGUCCAGCACGAGAUGCUCAUGGCCUGGGAGGAGAAGGAACUCAUGCAGCACAUUCCCAUGGACCAGCAGUGCUCCGAAGCGGAACGGAAAAUCCUCAAAAGGCUCUACGAGAGUAAGCUCAAAAAGUACUACGAAUCGAUCGCCCCAAGAACCAACAUCGAACAAACACCGAUAGGAACGAUGAGCACGGAUUUGCUGCACGAACUCACCGAGAAGAUGAAGAACAGCAAAAACAUCGAGAGCAACAAACCGGCCCCAGCUGCAGCCUCAUCCCUCCCCAAGUGUUUCACCACGCCAAUUCCGAACAAAAUUAUGUCCCCGGCCAAUAAGAUCCUGGACGAGAUUAAGAACUCCCCGUCCUAUUUGAUACAGUCGUCCCUUUCCAGAGCUUCCUCCAUCCUUGGAUCAGGAGGAGGUGGAACCGGAAGUGGUGGUGGUGGUGGAAGUGCUGCUGUCCGGCAAGAGACGCCCUAUCGGAUCAACCGGCCAAUCAGCAUGAAGAGCCCGUCGGCCAUCAACUUCCAGAGCUGCAUCGAUCGGUUGGACAGUUGUGUGGAUUUGGUCGUGUCGAAGGCGGAGAAGUUCUUCUACAACUGCGACUACAAGAAGUGCAUGCAGAUCAUCGAUGAAAUCCUCAAACGCGAUCCGUACCACAAGCGCAGCCUCACCGUCCAGAUCGGAUGCCUCAUGGAGCUGAAGGACUUCAACAAGCUGUUCUACGUGGCCCACAAGCUGGUCGACUUCUACCCGGACGAUGCCAUUUCGUGGUACGCCGUCGGGUGCUAUUACGAUCUGAUCGGCAAGAGUGAUCCGGCGCGGAGGUACCUCUCCAAGGCCACAACCCUGGAUCGCCUGUACGGGCCGGCCUGGUUGGGCUAUGGGCACUCGUUUGCCAAAGAGAACGAACACGACCAAGCCAUGGCCGCGUACUUCAAGGCGACCCAGCUGAUGAGGGGAUGCCAUCUACCGUUACUUUACAUCGGCGUGGAAUGCGGCCUAACCAAGAACCUUGAGAUGGCGGAGAAGUUCUUCUACCAGGCAAUGGCCAUUGCCCCGUUGGACGUCUACGUUCUGCACGAGUUGGGCGUCCUGAAGUACGAGUACGAACUGUACGAAAGUGCCGAGGAAGUGUUCCGAACCACUCUGGACAUGGUGCAGAAUAUGGCCAAGGCCAAUCGGGAGCCCAUCUCGGUUCGAUGGGAACCCUUGCUGAACAACUUGGGUCACUGCUGCCGGAAGAACAAGAAGUACGAAGAAGCGUUGGAGUUCCAUCGGAGGGCACUGUUCCUGAAGCCGUUGAGCGCUUCGACCUACACUGCUAUUGGAUUCGUUCAGGCCUUGAUGGGGAGUUUGGACGAGGCGGUCGAAUCAUUCCACAAGAGCCUAUCGUUGAGGAGGGACGAUGUGUUCACGACAACGAUCCUGAAGAAUGUCAUCGAAGAUCUGGCCAAAGAGGCUCCGCUGCCGUUCUAUGGGGAAGGGGAUGAAGGUGAUUUGGAGAAGGAGGAAGAUGAAGGGGACGACACGAGGGCCGAUGAUGAAAUGGAGGAGGAUGGCAAGCAGGUGACUCCCGGAGGAGGAAGCGGUGGUAAUGAUACAGGGGCAGAUGCAGUGCCCGUGCGGUUAAAGCUGAAGUUUGACGAGUACGACUCGAACGCUUCGCCGGUAAGUGACACCAGCGUGGACGAUAUGAGUAUGGACCUGUAGAGGCUGGGAAAAGUGAGUAUCGUGAGAUUCCUUUGUUUUAGUAAAUUACAUUGCUAAUUAUUAA